UAAGCGGCCCACCAUUUGCGCAUGCGCAGUGCCGGGCGUUGACGGCCGCCUCCGCGGCUUCCUUUCCUGCUCGAGACUCCCUGACGCGAAGCCCGGCCGCCGCCUUGACGGGAGGUUCUCGGCUGUGGCCGCUUUUUCUUCGACUGCCUGAGGUGGGACGCAGCGGCGAUGGCGAAGCACACCGUGUCCUCCGCACGCUUCCGCCGGGUGGACGUGGACGAGUACGACGAGAACAAGUUCGUGGACGAAGAGGACGGGGGCGACGGCCAGGUCGGCCCCGAUGAGGGCGAGGUGGACUCGUGGCUGAGGCAAGGGAACAUGAUGGCUGCAUUACAAGCAGCUCUGAAGAAUCCUCCAAUCAACACCAAGUGUCAAGCUGUAAAGGAUCGUGCAGCAAGCAUUGUUCUGAAAGUUCUCAUCUCUUUCAAAGCCAAUGAUAUUGAAAAAGCAGUACAGUCUUUGGAUAAGAAUGGUGUUGAUCUUUUAAUGAAAUACAUCUACAAAGGCUUUGAGAGCCCAUCUGACAACAGCAGUGCUGUCUUGCUUCAGUGGCAUGAAAAGGCUCUUGCUGCUGGAGGCGUAGGUUCAAUAGUCCGUGUCUUAACUGCCAGGAAAACAGUUUAAGGCCAGCAAAAAGUGCCCUUCUGCUGUGGGUAUGGGAAAUGCUGGUAAAAAGACCAAAACAACCAAAUGCCAUCACUGCCCUGUGGGUAGCAUCUGUGUAUGUCUUUCGGCUUGCCUUCUUGCUUUUUCAUAUCUGUGGCAUAAUAUGCAUAUCAGACUUUUUUCUUGCUAAAUGUUGGAUAAUGACAGAAGUGCAAUUUUAUUUCAAAGAAGAGUACUUAGUACUCAUAAAAGCAUUUCAGUGACACAUGUACAGGUGUUUGCAUAGGAUGAUCCACAUUUUCAGAAAGUCACAACAAGAUACAGCCUCCCCAACCUCCUCUCUGUUUGACCAGUCUUUUUGGCUAAACAGGGAAUUGUGGUAAAUGUUUUUAAUUCUUUAGUUGGCCAGGCAGCAUUCUGAGACUGGUACAGCUUAUAAAUAGUAGAAAUGGGAUCUUGCAUUUUCUAUUAUGAUUCGUAACAGUACAACAGUCAAUAAGGGUUGGUUGAAAAUCAGGGUGAUCAUUGCUUUCUUAUUGUUCUUCUUGAACACCUCACCCAGCCUUUCUUUUCAGUCUGCAGGGGGAAAUAUCACUGAUAGUGUGCUGAGUCUGUUGAAGAAGAGGAAUGGGACAGGGUUUUGGAACUCAGCAUACCAAUUGGCUCUCGAUUACCUGAUGUAUUUAAGAUGGUGGUAGAGCAAAACUAUACAGUAUGCUUGUUAUGAGGCAGAUGACUAAAACAGCAUCACUAUGUCAUGUUUACCUCUCCAUAAUUUGUAGGAUCUCUUUUUCCAUGUCAUGGUCUCAUAUGUUUUUGUGCUUUCAUUGCCGCAUCUUUGCAUAUUGCUGGCAUGAAAAUGUGAUACCAUGAAAUGGAACUGGUGAUCCUUCCCAUUCGAUGGGACAAGGGCAUUAUGAAAUGGUGAUGCCAGUUUUUGUGCUAGCCACAUAUCAAAUGGGGAAAGUAUUUAUCAAGAAAAAAGUGCUUAUAAAAUAAGUGUGACUUUCCAGAAGACCUAAUGCAUUCCAGACCUGGAAACAGCUUGAAUUGUGAAUGACUCAGGAGCAAAUCUGACCAGUGUAUUUCAUUUAUACUUAAUGCCAGUUUUGUAUCAAAAAAACUGGGAAGGAAUUACAGAACUUUUGCUCAUUUUUUUAUACCUGCCUUUUUGUAAAAUGAUAAAUCAAAAAAUAAAAUAAAUGGUCACUGUUAAAUAUUUACAUAAAUA